AUGAAGCUGACAGCUUGGGGCUCAUUUCAUAAAGCAAACAAUGAACUCCGAACAGCAGCAACAGAAUGGCUGAAGCGAACCUCAGAAGGAUGCACCGUUGUCGCAGUUCUCAUUGCUACUGUUGCCUUUGCUGCGGCAUACACGGUACCUGGAGGUCCUAACAGUCAGACUGGUACUCCACUCCUCGUCAAUAAACCUUUCUUUGUGGUUUUUACGGUAACCGAUGUCCUGUCCCUUUCAUUUGCUUUGACAUCGGUAGUAAUAUUUCUCUCAAUCCUCUCAUCACCCUUUCGACUAAUGGACUUCAAGGAAUCUCUUCCAAACAAGCUAAUGCUAGGCUUCACAUUUCUGUUCUUGUCCGUGUCCAUGAUGAUGUUUGCGUUUGCAGCAACUGUCCUCCUCAUGAUACAAAAUAGGGAAAGUUGGACUAAAGUCAUCCUAUAUGCACUUUCUUUCCUGCCAGUCGGAAUCUUCGCACUUUCAUAUUUCCCUCUCUAUGUAUCACUAUCAGACACCUCCAAGUACUUGCUGAAAAAGUUGAGACAGUCAAUUCCUCGGAACCUUAUUGUUGUGGUGUUAUCUAUUCCAAAAUAUUUGUUUUGCUGUUGUAAACAUGGAAUCGCCAAUUCCCUUGAACUCCCUAAACAUCGACCCACUUCCAACCGGCACCGGUAG